AAUCGAUUAUUAGUGAUCCAUAAAUCGAUUAAUAAAAAUCGAUUAUUUUUUUGAAAUAAUCGAUUAUUAUAAAAAUCGAUUAUUUUUUCACAUCCCUAAAUAAUUGUCAAUUGGCUGGCAUGUCAUGGCGGGCCGUUCGUGUUGAUUUACAGAGCACUAAUUUCGCAUUUUAUUUUAUUUUCUCACGUAAAUUUUGCUUGAGUUUUGCAUAUAACAUAUACAAAGUAGUUUAAAUUUCUAUCCUGUUUCCGUUUUCGCAUUAAAGGACUGUCGGUACUGUUAUAAAACUAGUGGAAACUCGUUGGGAAACGCGCUACCCGCCGCUACUGUGCCUUUGGAUGAAAGAUCAUGUGACUUAGCAAACCAAGAUGGAAGAAGGCACUACCACAGCUGGUGAGGUUACACAACCUCCGCCAACUGACACGCAAACUGUUGAGGUGUCCACUGAAACGGAGUCUGAAAGCAAAGAGCCGGUUACUUGUGGUGACACAUUAAACCAAGAUGAAAGCGGUAUCGGUCUGGAAGUGGUCGACGAUGCUAAAGAUGUUAUAGAAGUAAAGGAAACGUUGGUGGAGAAUGAGCCGUGUGAGGUGAACGAUGAUGUGCGGUCGCUGGGCGAUCUGGACAGUUUGCCGGCGGGGGACGAGCUGGCGCUGGGUGCUGCGGGCAGCGACAGUGGGGUGGAGGGGUGCGGCCGCGCGCUCAGCAGCGGCGGCGGCUCGCGGUCGUGCGCCUCCAGUGUGGUCUCGUGUGGCUCCGGCUGCGGCUCUGAGAGCUCCUCCCUCGCCGGCGCGCCGCCCCGCCCCCGCCGCCGCGUCAACGUCACCGUCACCGAACCCAAGCGCAGCUCUCCCGUCGGGUCCUCCACGCCCCGCCCCGUCACCGCACCCAGAGGGCCAAACCUCGCGACCAGGGACCGUGCGAGGAGUAGAGAGAAACCGACUCCGCCUGAAAAACCUAGGCCUUUAACGCCUAAACCGCGAAUCCGUCCUACCACCGAUUUGCCUAAUCUCGUCCGCGAGAGCCCUGCAUUGCGUGCCAAACCUACUAAGACUUCCGCGGCUAGAUGCCGGACACCGAACUCGCCGAGCGAGGAGAAGCGGUGGCCAACGUGCGCGCCGCGAUUGUCAUCCGUUUCAGACGCUAGCGCCACUCGAGUGGCGGCUGACAAGUAUGGAACAUUACCGAGGAGACGAAGGGAAAACGACCAGGAAGGAUCGCCAAAGCAUGAUAUUACGCCGCCACAAUCGAGGCGACCCACCGUCACCCGGUCAGUGUCGUCGAGGUCAACAACGAAGACGCGAGUGAGGAUAUACGCGGAGAAGGUGUCACAGACUGUGCUCGUAGGAACUGAUGUUGAAGCGGCAUUGGCUGGACUCGUACCUAACAUUGAAAGUCGCGUGGAGGUGUCUCGCUGCCACCGCGGCGUGCAAGCAUCGUCUCGAGACGUGGAGCUGGCGCGGCUGACGGCGGCGGCGGCGGCGGCCGAGGCUGCGGCGGCCGAGGAGCGCGAACGGAGACAGCAGGCGGAGGCCCAGCUCGCUGCGGAGCGCGCCGCCCGGCUCGCUGCCAUCGCCGAGCUCGAGAGCAACUCGCAGCGGCUGCUGGAGCUCGCCGGAGCUGGCGCAGGCGCCGGUGCCGACGGGUGUCUACGUGCACUGGAAGAGCAGAUACGUGCGGCCGCCGAACUGGCGGCGAGACAACGUGCGGAGAUAGACACUCUGCGUGCGCACGCCGACAACAUGCAACGGGAGGCGUGUAGCGCCCGCGAGGCGGCGCGGCAGACAGAGGCGCGGCUCGCGGAGGCGGAGCGCGAGGCGGGCGAGAUGCAGGACUUCCUCGCCGCCGAGACGGGGGCCCUCACUGACUCGCUGCGGGACGCCGAGGCGGAGGUCGCGCGUCUCUCAGCAGAGCUCGACCGACGGCGCGCGGAGUGCCGGCAGCUGGUGCGCAUGUGCGAGCAGCGGCGGCAGGAGGCGCUGGCGGCGGCGGCGCGCGCGCGGGGCGGGGGCGCGGGCGCGGCCGCGGCGCUGGACGCGCUGGCGCGCCGCCUGCGCGCGCUGGCCGCCGCCGUGCUGCGCGCCUGCCAGCUGCCGCCCGACGCCGCGCUGCCCAGCGUCUACCACAACGACGCCUUCAGUCGUAGCGACAGUGGCGAAGCCCUGUCCCCCGAGGAGGAGCCCCGCGGCGGGCUGCUGGCGGCCGUGGCCCGCGCCCUGCGCGCCGCGCCGCCCGUGCAGUACGCGCCCGCGGCCGACGAUGAACGCUCGCGUAUCUCCGACGAUAAUGACAACUCCGCUGAUCUAUUGGACUCGGAGACUGAGCCCUGUCUUGUAACUGAUCCAGAAUAUGCGGAGGAGUGGUGGUCGGGGGCGGAGGGGGCGGGCGCUUGGAGCGGGGACGAGCUGUCGCCAGAGAGGGAGUCCUGUCCUGACGUCGACAAAGACGGCGAGUCAGCGUCGGUGUCGGAGCGGGACUCGCUGCGCAACCUGUCGGCCGCCAUCGCGCACCGGCAGCGCUCGGAGGCGGAGGACGCGGAGCGCGGCUCGCUGCUGGAGCGCGUGCUGGCGCUGGACAACCGCCUGUCCGAGCUGCUGCGGGCGCUGCGCCUGGCCGCCGCCGUGGCCGCCGCCGCCGACGACGCCGACACGCUGCGCCUCGCCACCGCGCUCAAGGACAAGAUAGACGUGACGGAGAAGAACGUAGCGGACGUGGUGGUCAAGAAGUUAGCAGAACUGGAAGCCAGCAAGAACCUGAUGGAGCACUACCGGCACUCAAUUGAAACGCUCAAAAAUCAGCUGUCACAACCCGGUGAAGAAGAUGAACUACAAUUAAUUGAAGAGGAGCUGUCGUCGUGCGACGAGGCGGAGCGGCGGCAGCUGUACGGCGCGCUGGACGCGGCGCUGGCGGCGCUGGCGGCGCGGCCGCGGCAGCUGCGCGCCUGGCCGCGCCUCGCGGGCCUCACGGCGCGCCUCGAGCGCCUCGCCAUGGCGCUGGCGCGCCCGCCGCCGCCGCACGCGCUGCCGCUCACGCACCACAUACACACCACCGCGUAACCUCCACCCUAAGGACAUGAGUAAUACGCAUACAACGGUGCCUCUCACGCCUUACAGACAUGAUGCCGUGAUGUUAUGUUGUUGUGUGGUUACCAGUUUAACGCCCAUGUAG